UUGGAGUCCACCCGGCAGCUGGUUGUUCCGGCGGCGAGUGCCAGCCAGGUGCCGGGACCAAAGCUGGCCACACGGGUGUCUGGCCCAUGGGUAGCCGGACCGACACGAUGUGGCGGCUCCGCUGCAAGGCCAAGGAUGGCACUCAUGUUUUGCAGGGGUUGUCCAGCCGGACCCGGGUGCGGGAACUCCAGGGCCAAAUUGCCGCCAUCACCGGGAUCGACCCCGGCUGCCAGCGAAUCCUCGUCGGAUACCCGCCCGAGUGCCUGGAUCUCAGCAACGGGGAUACCAUUCUGGCGGAUUUGCCCAUCCAGUCAGGCCCGGCUUGGGACAUUCUUCACUUCCCUUCGCUUCCCCUCUGGGAGCCCCUUUCACCGUCCCUGCACCUUGCUUCAGGCAAUGCCCGAGAGGGAGCUGUGGCCAGCUGGGCCUGGCUUGGAACCUGUGACCCGCAUCAGCAGCUGCGACAGCAUGAUGAGCAUCACCUCCACCCACUCUGGAUCUAGUGACAGCAGCUACGACUUCCUGUCUGCUGAAGAGAAGGAAUGUCUGCUCUUCCUGGAGGAAACCAUCGGCUCCUUGGACACUGACAGCGGACUGUCCACUGACGAGUCUGAGCAAGCCACAACUCCCCGAGAUCCCCGGGCACUGCCCAUAACCCAGCCUGCUCCCCAGGGACGUUCAGAGGAGACGACCAUUCAGCAAGGACCACAGCCAAGGAGAGUGACUCAGUCCAGCUCUCCCUAUCCACCUGAGCUCCAAGGCCUGGGCCUCAGGUCUGGCUCCUACAGCCUCCCCAGAAAUAUCCACAUUGGCAGGAACCAGAACCUCGGGAGAAGCACCAUCCAGACUAACAGCCACAUCCUGGGGGAGUCUGAGGGACUUGCCCCAGAGCCUGAGAAAGAGCAGACCAGUCAAAGCAGUGGGCCCGGCCAGGCUCUGACCGGCCCCCGGGAGGCUGCCAUAGAUCUGGACCCAGCGCUCAUCCCGCCACCAGAGGCCUUCCGGGACACCCAGCCCAAGCAGUGUGGGAAAGGCAGCCUACCCGAAGGGUCAGGGGAGAACAGCCACACACCCCAGCUCCACAGGUCACUCGGCCCCCAGAAGAGAAAGGAGACAUCUUCAGAGGCCAUGUCCCAAAAAGCCAAUGAGAAAGACUCAAUGGCACAACCAGGACAACCCCGGCCUCUUCCUGCCAUGUUGUCUCAAAAUAUGAGAGUUGAAGAUGCUCCCAUCCCAUCAGGAGGGGAUCCAAAUGCCCAACUGGCUCCACUCACAGCCCCUAAGCCCCGGAAGCUUCCCCCUAAUAUUGUUCUGAAGAGCAGCCGAAGCAGUUUCCACAGUGACCCCCAGCAUUGGCUGUCCCGCCACUCUGAGGCUGCCCCUGGAGAGUCCAGCCUGGUGGCCUCUUCACUGCAGGAGCAGAGGAAAGCCCGCAGAGAGGCGCUGGAGAAGCUCGGGCUACCCCAGGACCAAGAUGAGCCCAUCCCCCACUUAAGUAAGCCCACCAGAUCCCUCAAAGCCAAGCAGCCUGGCGUGCUGCCCCCUGCCGCAGCCCCAGCCCCAGCUCCCAUCUCCGCAGCUGUGCCAGCCGCAGGACAGGCUCCAGCUUCUGCUCCAACUCGGGGACUUUCUCCCGUGAAGGCUCUGGCUCCAGCUCCGGCUCCAGCUCAGGGAUCUUCUCCAGGCAAGGUUUUGAUUCCUGCCCAGGAACCCACUCCAGGGCAGGUUCCAGCUGCCAAAUCCAUGCCAAUUCCUAUCCCUAAGGCCCCCGGGGUAAAUAGUCCCCUGACUCAGCCAAAGCCAGAUUCAGGGCUGACUCUCCAGGAGAGCAACAUCCCUGGCCUGAGACAGAUGAACUUUAAGUCCAACACUCUGGAGCGCUCAGGCGUGGGGCUGAGCAGCUACCUCUCCGCUGAGGAAGGUCCCAGCCCCCAAACCAGCACCUCCCUGGGAAGAGGCUCCUUCCUGAACAAGAUCUCGCCCAGUGUCUUACGUAAUUCCCGGCCCCGCCCUGCCUCCUUGGGCACGGGGAAGGACUUUGCAGCUAUCCAGGUGGGAAAGUUGGCUGACCUGGAGCAGGAGCAGAGCUCCAAGCGCCUGUCCUACCAAGGGCAGAGCCGUGACAAGCUGCCUCGACCCCCCUGUGUCAGUGUUAAGAUCUCCCCCAAAGGCGUCCCUGAUGAACAUCGGAGGGAGGCUCUGAAGAAGCUGGGACUGCUGAAGGAGUAGGCACUGCCCCAGUGCCGCCAGCACCACCUCCUCCCUGCCCCCCGCCAUAUAAGAGGAGACUCAGGGCUCCACUCAGGAGCCUUUCCCUCCUCACGACUGAGGGCUUGGGCAGGGGUCAGCUUCUCUCCGAUGCUCUCUUCUCUCUUGAGGUGAAGCAGAGGGAGAGAUUUGAGUCCAAGCAAACAUUUUUAUUCAGAGUGGUUGUGCCAACGAGUGCCUGCACGAGUCAUCCUGAAGAUGAUUUCCACAAGAGGGUGUGUGUGUGUGUGUGUACGUGUAGGUGUGUAUUAUAGGCUGUGUAUAUCACUGAAGCUAUUUAUAUGACACAAGGAGUCAUUGCUCUGAGUUCUGCUUUGUUGGAGAUUUUCUUACACUGGGUAGAGUUCAGCCUAGCCAGAACUGAGUGGAGAGCAGUCACUAAGCCUGAGAAAAAAAGUCACAUGAGAUGACGUCUGUGCCAGGGUCAUUAGGCAAGUACUGGAUCCCACAAAAUGUGGGUCUCCCAGAACGCUGCAAUGGAUGGGGACUGGCUUAUAUGUUGCUGGAUCCGUCUCUCAGUUCUGGCCUUCUGGACAGGGUCUGGGGCCAAGAGGAGUUGGUUUGUUAUCUCUUCCCCCACUGCCUUCUCACUGUCCCCAGUCCCAAGGAUAGGACACAUUCCUGUAACUAAAACUCUUAGUUGACUGAGAGCAGAAGAGCUCUUGUUGGUCUGAGAAGGCAAGAUAAGUGACCACACAGGCACACCUCCACUAGGGAGGGUCCUUGUCCCUGGGCUUGAUAAACUCAGUCAUAUGCUGUGCGGUGGUCCCUGACUCUGAUACUCCUGUUCUUCUGGCUCCCUAUCUCAGUCUGCACAUGACUGACCCCAGGGAUGGGCCAACACUGAUGUAGGAGCCCAAGGCCGAGGCUUUAUAAAUACCAAAGGACUGUUCCAGUCUGUGUUCAUGCUGCUCCAAGUAGUUUUUUAAUUUCUUCAGUUCCUAUGAGAAAUCAACACAAUGCAUUCUCUGCUAGUUAUUCAUAGAAUAUCAGAGCUGGGAGGGACCUUAGAGACGCUCUGUCCAACUCUAUCCAGCUGGGGAAGGGGAGUGACUCAUCCGUGGUCACUCUGCCGUGUGCUAACAGAGCUGGGGCUCCUGCCUCCCAUUCCACGCUGCACGCUGCCUCUCCUCAAGCAGUGUUUUUGCAUGUCCACACAGCACCCCAAGGACCAAUAGUCACUAUCAGAGGCUCAACCUUAAGGCCCUUCAAGAUGCUCGACUGUCUUCUGAAACACCAGAGAUUAAAUGUUGUUCAGGAUCA